AUGGCAAUUUUUAUAUUACCAACAGGGAGCCAACUCACUCAAAGCUGCCUUAACGAACAUGUGUUGCAACGUGCGGAUGAUGACAGCCAUAUAUCACCCAUCGACCCUGUUCAUCCGGAAAGAUACUACCUGGAGCCACAGUGUGCAGAAAUUACCAAGGGUCUCACCGCCGCAGACAUCGCAGCGGCCUCGAGUUUCAAUGUCCAUACCUUCCACUACAUGAAAUAUCAGAUACCUUCGACUGUUGCGUGCGAUUUAUGUAUCAUCCAGUGGUAUUACGUCACUGCCAACAGCUGCAAUCCCCCUGGCUACAAGAAUAGAUACGACCACGGAGACUGGCCUACCACCUACUCUCACUGUUCGGGAGAUGGCCCGAACUUGGGCUGGUUUGCGGGGCCUGACUACCAGUCUUGUACCUUACGGUAUCCUGAAGAGUUCUGGGGGUGUGCAAAUGUACGAGUGCUUGCCGAUGUGGAGGUCGGUCCAUUUCCCUCACCUACUGCAACACCGAAUACUAACGCACAGAUCACUGCAACCCCAAGUCCAACCACCCCCAACUCACCGAAUCCGGAUGCCAAUCUUGUUGAAGUGGAUCUUGAUUUCACACCUGUGAACUCGUGGAAUGGGUUCUGUACGGUGUCAGUGUCGGUGGUCACCCCUAUUGCGCUCGAUGGUUGGAUGCUCAUGCUUCGAGGUUUCACCCCACAAGGUUUGAGUUUUCAACAGAUAUGGGAUGCUGAAGUACUGGCAGAGCUAAGCACCAGCAACGAGAUAGUGGCGCGUAAUAUCCCAGCGUAUAACGAUGGAGUGAAGGCCCCCGGAGACACUAUUACCUUCGGUGGUAAUCUGCAAGUGCCUGGGAGUAUCUCAUGUGUUCGCAUAGAAACUGCGUUCCUGUACAAUGUCAGGGGAACCAACUCAGAGCCUGAAAACAACCCCUCCACAUGUUCAGCUGAAUCUAUCACGUGUGUUGGUGCAACAGAUCUUGUCGAUAGAGUGUGCUGCGCUGUACCUAACACGUGUGGUAGCCGUACCAGUGUGGCUUGUUCUACAAAGGCGUGUUGUCAACCAACGUAUGACGAGCCGGGCACUUGCGCCAGUGCCAAUAUUGCAUGCGGGGACUUGGCACGAAUUGACACUUUGACGUGUUGCAAAGAAUACGAAACCUGUGCGGGUAUGAGUGAUGUCUGUAACGUAGCUACAUGUUGCGAAGUGGUCUACGAUAAUCCUUCCACGUGUACUGCUUCUAAUGUUGACUGCGGUAGUCAUCUUCGAUUAGAUUACCUAACAUGCUGCAAUGAAGACGAAACCUGUGCGGGUAUGAACCAUGUCUGUUCCACAGCUACAUGCUGCGUAAUGGUGGCUGAUGAUCCUUCCACCUGCCUGGAUGCUAGUGUUGACUGUGCCGAUGAUAUCCGAUUGGAUUCCGUGGCGUGCUGCGAUACCUCAGCUAGUUGCGAUGCCAUGUACACUACUUGCUCAGCAGCUUUGUGCUGCACCAAAGUGUUUGAUACCCCGGUGUUAUGCGCGAACGCCGGUUUAGACUGCGGAGAUCAAGUGCCGCUCGAUGGUGAGUACUGCUGUGGGGUGGGUCUGGAUUGCGAAUCGGUGGACCGUGUUUGUUCGACUGAGUCGUGUUGUGAAGACUCGGCUGUGGAGAAUACGGCCUGGCUUGAAGCCACGCACUCGGUUAUGUUCAACGGCGUUUGGAAGGGAGGUUGUAACGUAAAGAUCUCAAUUGUAGCUCCGAUAGCGAUGGAAAGUUGGGUGAUUGGCUUCCACGAUAUGCUCCCUAGCGGAUCGAGUUUGUCAACCACCUGGAAUACACCAAACUGGCAACCCCUCGGUCUGGUGCAGCUUACAUCAUCGAGUUUCACCUUGUCGAGCGCCAAUGUCCCGGUCAGUGCUGGGGAGACUAUAUCGUUCGAGGGCACGAUGCUAACCCCUGGCUCUAGCAGCUGCGUAUCGUUACAGGGUGUUUACAUACGCCCGGGUGGUAGCGCAGACACCCCCAUACCCAACAACAACCCUCCUACUUCGGCUGGUGAUGGUGAUGAUGAUGAUGAUGAUGUGGAUGGUGGGAAUACAGACCCUGUAGACCCGUCUGUGUACGAUACACCCACUGUGAUAGACAACGGUGAACUGCAGAGUGAGAUAGGGUGCUUCCCCCAGUGCACGUGGCAGUCGGUUGGCGGGCAGAUUCGAGCCAAUGGCCAGGAUGUGAAUAUCGAGGGCACAAGCUGGUUUGGGUUUG